UGUCUUCAGGCCCCCACAUCGGCGCCGUCCGUUCUUCCCCCUCCCAUGGCGAAUGCUGCCUGUUCUCAGCACGAGGUGGACGUCCUUCUGCCCCACAUGCCCUUCAAGAGCGCGAUGCACAUCUUCAGGAGGAAAGGUACACACAUGAGUAAUUGUCCACCUUUCCUCCGCCUGACCAUGCAAUCAGAAUCCUCAUUUUGGUCUUGUGUCCAGUGGACAACAACUUCCACUCGCCCAGAGGUGCGCAUUCAUGAGUGAAAGCAGCACAUUGAAUGUGGGCCUCUCAUUUCUCUCUCCCUCUCCUCUGUGUUCCCGGCUGCAGAUGCAUUCAGGUGCACGUCAGAGCAAAGUGGGGCGUGUGCGCCUCAUUGUGUGCCUUGAUGUCCGUCUGUCGGUUGUCCACACUGCAGAAGGUUCUCUGGUAGCUAUGAGGGUGCGAUGGACUUCCAGACCUUCUGCAAGAAUGCCCCCGACAUCUUUGCGGAAGGUCUGGUUCUCCCCUGUGUGUAUAAGCACUAUAUGUGCAUUGUGCACAUGCGCGAACUGCUAUUCAUCCAGAUUUCGUCAACGAGGCGUAUUUGCGGCCUUUGUUCACGGCCAUGGACCACGACAAGGACGGGGCCAUCAACUACGGCGACUUCCUAAGGUAGGUGGCUGAACAUCUCAGUAAGAAUCUCUCUCUCUGUGUUGUGCGGUUGUGUGCCUGCAGGUGCGUGAGUGAGGUGCAUGACUACGCGCCGUUCGUGGACAUUCCCGACAUCGAGCACCUUGAGGGCAUGCUGACGCUCGAGGCGGGUUGGUAGAAAGAAAGAAAGAAAGAAAGAAAGAAAGGCACACACCUGUCUGUCUGCAUGCAUAUGCAUUUCUUCCCACACACAGUUGUGUCUCCCUCCUUGCUUUCUGUUUGUCUUGGCAGCGUGGAACCUGCUGUUCCUGAAAGUCUUUGGGCGAUUCACGAGUAUACAGGAGGUCGGUCCGUCACAUAUACACACCAGCGGACAGAUGAGUGCGCGUCUGCCUACCUGCCUCGUAGUCUUUUCUCGGCAUCUGCCGCGAGCGACUGCGCCAGCCGGCCAACGCGAUCACGCCAGAGGACUUCCACGCGUUCUUGGACACCGUUGGGCUGCGGAUGUUCGCUGAGGACGAGGAGGAGCUCUUCAAGAGGAUCGACACGAACGGUAUGUACGUGUAAGGCGUGUGUGUCUGUGCGAGGGAGGUGUAUUCCUGUCUGUCUGUCUGUCUGUUUGUCUGCAUGUAUAUGUAGGCGAUGGUGUGAUCGACUACCAGGAGUGGGAAAAUGUUUUGAUCUACGGGGCGGUGCAUCACGGCAUUGUCGUGCGGUGACAGUGGUGGUGGGUCGCGGGGGGGUUGGUUGGCCAGGGGAGGGAGGUUUUGCGUCGUUCCUUCUUCAUGAUGGCCCUAGGUCGAUGAACGAUUGAUCCUUACGCGCACGCACACACGUAUCGGCCUGAUGUCUGACUCUUCCAGACCUAUCGACGCCUGCAUGCC